AUGGACCCAUUGACCGUAUACAAAAACUCAUUGAAGCAACAGAUCGAUUCCGCAGAUUUGCUGGUGGCCAAUCUGGUCAACGAGAACUUCAUGCUAUCAGAGAAACUGGAUGCAAAGUCGAGCGAGAUUAAGCAGCUGCAGAAACAGAUAGAUUCGUUGAACGGGCAAAUGACGGACCUCAAGACGCAGGUCUCCCACCAAACAGAAAACUCAGAGGUCAUAAAGGAUCUUUACGAAUACCUCUGCAACGUGCGUGUACACAAGACCUACGAGGACGACUCCGGGCUGUGGUUCGACAUCUCGCAGGGCACCCACUCCGGGGCAAACUCCGACGACUAUUCAAUAAUGGACUAUAAACUCGGGUUUGUCAAGGGCCAGGCCCAAGUUACAGAGGUCAUCUAUGCGCCCGUGCUAAAACAGCGAUCCACCGAGGAACUAUACUCGCUACAAUCUAAACUACCCGAAUACCUCUUUGAAACGUUGAGUUUCCCCCUCUCGUCGCUGAACCAAUUCUAUAACAAGAUUGCAAAGUGUCUGAGUAAGAAAAGAGAGAAAAAAGAAGAAACCGAGUGA